AUGAGUGGACGUUGGCGGACGAAAAGCGAAGCAAGCGAAGAACGGUGGAAAGGAAAAGAAGAAGAGGAUCCUCGUUGGUCUAGGCGGGAUGAAGAUCGUCCAUCACGUAGUGGUCCACCAAGAAGGAUGACAAGUCGCGAACGUUCCCCUCGUCGACGUUCAUCGCGUGAUCGUGAUGGCGGAAGACGUAACUAUCGCAAUGAAGGGAUGGUUUAUAUUUCCAAUAUUCCUUACGAUGUGCGAUGGAUGGAGUUGAAAGAUCUUGUUCGUGAAAAGGCUGGUGAGGUGAUAUUUGUGGAAAUUCUUGAAGAUCGCAAUGGCAAGUCGAAAGGAGCUGCUGUUGUAGAGUUUCGAGAAGAAAAAUCUGUUCAUCGUUGCAUUGAAAACCUUCAUCGUUUUGCAAUGAAAGAUCGAUUUUUGAGUGUUAAAGAGAUAAGAGAUCCUGUUGCAUUCUUUCGUAAAGUCAAAGAUGAUACUGGAAUUGACUUUUUAAAUGGUUUACAUGGAGCUCCUCAACCGGAAAAUCGUAAUCGGGAAGAAUUUGAGACUUAUGGUUUAAGCCCAGCAUUCCUUCGACAGUUAAAAAUUGAUGGACCUCUUACAAACCGCGUCUUUGUUUCUAAUCUUCCAUAUAAUGUACAAAGCGGUCGUAUCUAUGACAUUUUUUCGUUGGCCGGUAAAGUUACAUGGGUGGAUCUACAGCUGGAUAAGGAAGGCAGAAGUAAGGGAAUGGCUGUUGUCCAAUAUACGCAUCCUAUAGAGUCUGUCCAAGCAAUCUCCAUGCUGCAUAACCAACGUCUUUUUGAUCGUGUCAUCAAUGUUAGGAUAGACAGAUUUGAGCCUGAUGAGAAGAGAGAAGGCGAACUGCCUCCAGGACUUCGUGGUGUUGGGAUGGGUUUAGGAGCAAAUGGUGCUCCUCUUGGAGAUGUCAGUUCAAUUAUAUCCACUUUGGGAAAUAUUGGUGGAAGCGCACCGCACAGUUUGCUAGACCAAGUUUAUACUAAUCCAGCUCAAGGGUACCCAUCUCCUUUACCCUUCACUUCCUCUACAUCUUAUGCUGCGGUGGGAGUUGGGAGUUCUUUCCCGGGUGGUGGAACUUAUAAUUCUCCUUCAUUAGCAGGUAGCGGGAACAGCUAUAGCAGUCCGCGUUCGAUAUUAAUAAAAAAUUUGCCCUUAGAUUACACAUGGCAAAUUGUGCGUGAUCGAGUUCAGCAAUUCGGUGUUGUUGACCUUACAGAAAUGAUUGCUCCUGGGUGUGCAAAGGUUACUUUUCAUCUAGCUGCAGAUGCAGAGAAGGCACGAAAAACGCUUCAAAAUACAACUGUUGAAGGAAGGAUGAUUGGUGUUGAGUUUUUAGCGUAG